AUGCCAACAAAGAACGUGUGGGACUCAGUAAAGAAAACUUACUGCUUAGAGGAUGCACCAUUAGAAACACAGAGGCUGUUGUGGGCAUUGUGGUUUACGCAGGCCAUGAAACCAAAGCAAAUGCUGAACAACAGUGGGCCACGAUACAAACGCAGUAAAUUGGAAAGAAGAGCAAAUACAGAUGUCCUCUGGUGUGUCCUGCUUCUGCUUGUCAUGUGUCUAACUGGUGCAUUGGGUCAUGGGAUCUGGUUGAGCAAAUAUGAAAAUGUGCUGUUUUUUAAUAUCCCUGAUCUUGAUGGACAUGUCAUAUCACCAGUGUUGGCAGGAUUCUAUAUGUUUUGGACCAUGAUCAUUCUGUUACAGGUCUUGAUUCCUAUUUCUCUCUAUGUGUCUAUUGAAAUUGUGAAGCUUGGCCAGAUAUAUUUCAUUCAAAGUGACAUGGACUUCUACAAUGAGAAAACGGAUUCCACUGUUCAGUGCCGAGCCCUGAACAUUGCUGAGGAUCUUGGGCAGAUUCAGUACCUCUUUUCUGAUAAGACAGGGACCCUCACUGAGAAUAAGAUGGUUUUUCGAAGGUGCACUGUGGCAGGAUUUGAUUAUUGCCAUGAAGAAAAUGCCAAAAGGCUAGAGUCCUAUCAGGAAACUGUCUCUGAAGAUGAGGAUUGUGCAGAUACUCUGAGUGGAUCCCUCAGCAAUGGCAAACCAAGAGCCCACAGCUGCAGGACAGUUCACAAUGGACCUUUGGGGAGCAAGCCUCAAUCAGCUUUCUGGAAGCACUUUGCAAUAGGAAGUGGAAAGGAGCCAGUGAAGUGCCUCAUUCUAGACAGGCUGCUUUCAGUAGCCCCAUCUCUAAAAAUGUGCAAUGUCUGCAUCAUGCUGGACACAGAUGUUAACGGUUCCUCAUUGUCUUUGUGGCAUUUGACCACUGCAGAUGAAGGAAGGUACAUCAUGGCUUCUUCUGCGUUCCCAAAGUGUGAACAAACAAUAGCCAUUUUCCUUGUCGACCCCCAUGGCAACAUUCUCCUCAGCACCCUGGAAAUAAGGAACGAGACAAGUGGCACCGAAGUACUCACGAGCGUGAGCGACCCCAAGGCCACCAUGUACUCAUACGACAGCGCCAGCAUCCAGUACCGCAAGCCGCUGAGCAGCCGCGAGGGCUACGGGCGCGCCCUGGACCGGCACGGGGUGCCCAGCAAGGGGCGCAUCCGCAGGCGCGCCUCCCAGCUCAAAGUCAAAAUCCCCGACUUGACUGACGUGAACUCCAUAGACAAGUGGUCCCGAAUGUUUUUUCCCAUCACCUUUUCUCUUUUUAACGUCGUCUAUUGGCUUUAUUAUGUACACUAA